UUGAAACCAGCUGGCAACCCGACGCACUCAGCUCACAUGUUGUGCGGUAACAUUUACAAAAUGUGCCGGCUUAUUUCUACAUCAAAUUAAAUCGAAAAAUGCGUUAAAAGUCACAGCGAAAUGUACAAAACAAUACGCUGGACGCGUUUGCUAACGCAAACAACUGGCCACAGCACAUGGAAACGUCUGGCCGGCUAUCGCACACUCUGCACGACCUUGGCCCGCUUGGAAGACAAAUCGGAUUCGGCGGCGGCGUCCAAUUUGUCGGAGGAUGCGCUGCUCCGGCAAUUCGCCGAGAUGCCUGUGCAGCGUAUUCGCAACUUUAGCAUCAUUGCGCAUGUCGAUCAUGGCAAGAGCACGCUGGCGGAUCGUGUGCUUGAGCUGACAGGCGCAAUUUCACGCAAUGCCGGCCAGCAUCAGGUGCUCGACAGUUUGCAGGUGGAGCGGGAACGCGGCAUCACAGUGAAGGCACAGACCGCCUCCAUAUUCUACAAAUAUAAGCAGCAGCUGUAUCUGCUGAAUUUAAUCGAUACGCCUGGCCACGUGGAUUUCUCCAACGAGGUCUCCCGCUCGCUGGCCGCCUGCGAUGGCGUCAUCCUGCUGGUGGAUGCCUGCCACGGCGUACAGGCGCAAACCGUGGCCAAUUAUCAUCUGGCCAAGCAGCGACAAUUGGCCGUUGUGCCGGUGCUCAACAAGAUCGACAUCAAGCAUGCCCAGCCCGACCAGGUGACUAGGGAUAUGCAGCUGCUGUUCGGCAUUGAACCUGCCAGUGUGCUGCGUGUCUCCGCCAAACUGGGCACUGGCGUUGACCAGGUGCUGGAGCGUGUCAUUGAGACAAUUCCGCCGCCAAAUGUGCAGCGCGAGAGCGCAUUUCGUGCCCUAAUCUUUGACAGCUGGUUCGACAAAUAUCGCGGCGCACUCAAUCUCAUCUAUGUGCUUAACGGCCAGCUGGCCGUGGGCCAGGAUAUACAGUCGCUGGCCACCAAGAAGGUGUAUCCCGUCAAGAGUCUCUCCGUGCUGCGUCCGGCCGAGUGCGCUGUGCACGGCCUGCUGGCCGGCCAGGUGGGCCUCAUUGCCUGCAAUAUGCGCAACAGCAAGGAGUCCAUCAUUGGCGACACGAUUCACCUGAAGCAUCAAACGGCGACGGCUGCCGGCACCUAUCGGCCACAGCAGCCGCUUGUCUUUGCCGGCAUCUUUCCGGUCGACCAGUCCAAGCAUGUGGCACUGCGCAGCGCCAUUGACAAAAUGGUGCUCAACGAUUCGGCGGUGACGGUCAAUGUGGACUCCAGUCCGGCGCUGGGUCAGGGCUGGCGUCUUGGCUUUCUGGGCCUGCUGCAUAUGGAGGUGUUCUGUCAGCGUCUGGAGCAGGAGCAUGGCGCUGAGCCGAUCAUAACGGCACCUUCGGUCACAUAUCGGAUUGUGCUGCGCAAUCCCAAGCUGAUCAAGCAGCACGGCAGGAACACGCUGGACAUAUCGAAUGCGGCCUUGCUGCCCGAUCCGUCCAACAUUGAGGAGUACCAUGAGCCGCUAGUGCUGGGCACCAUCAUAACGCCCACGGAAUAUGUGGGCCAAAUAAUUGGAUUGUGCGUGGAGCGACGCGGCCUGCAACAGAGCUCGGUGAACAUCGAUGAGUCGCGCAUCCUGAUGAAGUAUGUGCUGCCGUUGAGCGAGAUUAUAUUGGAUUUUCAUGAUCGACUGAAAUCGCUGAGCUCCGGCUAUGCCAGUUUCAGCUAUGAGGAUCAUGGCUAUCAUCAGACGCAUCUGGUGCGCCUGGACAUACAUCUGAAUGGGCGGCCCAUCGAGGAGCUGUGCCGGAUUGUGCACGCCAGCAAGGCAACCGGCGUUGCCCGCCAAAUGGUGCACAAGCUCAAGGAUCUCAUACCCAAACAGAUGGUACAGAUUGCCAUACAGGCGUGCGUGGGCAGCAAAGUGCUUGCGCGCGAAACCAUCAAGGCCUAUCGCAAGGAUGUAACGGCCAAGCUGUAUGGCGGCGAUGUGACGCGUCGCAUGAAGCUGCUCAAACAACAGUCGGAGGGCAAAAAGAAGAUGCGCAUGUUUGCCAACAUUCGUGUGCCGCACGAGACUUUUAUCGAUGUGCUCAAGCGCUAAACGCAUAUCCGCCGGACACCCGUCACGCAUGUCAACUGCAUUUUGGGCCCAACGGCAAUAAUCAAACCAGAAAAUCCAUGCAAUUCAGCAGGACGCGACGCGGCGCGCAUUUUAACCAAAUAUGAUCAACA